ACAGUAUUAAACCUUCCAGUCGAAAAUCUCUAAAGAAUUUAACCAUGCCAAGUAUGUACAUCAAAGUUAAAGAUAUUGCCCCUAUCCAUACUGAGAGGGCAAUCCGUGUUAGGUGUGUAAGAGUGUAUGAAAUACUAGAAAGUAGAUGCUCUAAACAAAUCAAGAGUCGAGAAUGCUUGGUAUGCGACGAAGAGGGAACUUUCAUCCAUGUGAAUAUGCAAAACAAGGAGGUAGAGAAGUACAACAAUUUGUUCAAGGAAGGGAAGAUUUAUUCUCUAAAAAAUUUCCUGGUCUUCACCCAGUACUAUAUGUAUAAAACCUGUGAUCACAAGUAUAUGAUAAGACUGAACAACAAGACUCAGGUGAAGGCAAUAAAAUGCAAAGGUUUUCCUACAAACAUGUUUCAGCUAAAACCCUAUCAAUGUCUCAAAGAUCCUACUUUAGUGAAUGAGAAGCUGAUGUUUGAUGUAAUAGGCCGACUUAUAGAAAUUCAUGCUCCUGUGGACAAGAUCAUAGGUGGAAAACCAGCAAAGCUAAUUGAUUUUAAAAUUGCUGACAAUGAGGGAAAUACAUUAAAAUGUACUGUUUGGGACAAUCAUGUAGCUGCCAUGAUUCCAUACUAUAAUGCAGAUCUUAAAGAACCACUAAUUGUGGUUAUUCAGCUAUGUAGGGCUAAAGUUAUCAAUGGUGAAGUCAGGAUCACAAGCUCAUAUGAUGCUACGAAACUGUAUUUGAAUGCCUCUUAUCAGGAAGUUGAUGAUUUCAGGUCAAAGAUUAGUGAUGUUCAUAGUCCUAUGAAAAGUUUGAGUACUGCCACAGUUCUUUCCCAGUCCAUAGGUAUUUCAGAAUUCACCAGUGGUGCUGUUUCUGUGACUUCAGUAGGUGAUCUAUUGAAAAUUAAAGAGGAUGGAGAGUUUUAUGUUCCAGCAGAGAUUGUAGGAAUUGAAAGUUCUUUUGGGUGGAUGUACAUCUCUUGCAUGUCACCAUCAUGCAACAGAAAGCUCCGGAAAGCAGGAGAGGAUUUGGUUUGUUCCACAUGUGAUAAAAAAUUCAAAGAAGGCAUUGCUAGGUAUAAGCUGAUUGUUAGGGUGAUGGAUAUAGGUUUAUCAGAUGCUCCCUUCCUUUUAUGGGAUAAGGAAUGUUCAGACUUAGUUGGUAUACCUGCCAACCUUCUGUACAAGAAGUAUAACCAGGUUUCUGACAUUCCAACGGAAUUGGAUUCAUUAAUUGGAAUGCCAAUGAUAUUUAAGAUAUCACUGAAAAUGAGCCAAAUGAAAGGAGCCAAUCCAGCAUAUGCUGUGACUAGGAUUUUAAGGGAUGAGAUAUUAAUAUCUACCUACUGUUCCAAAAUUAAGGACAACCAAGAAAAAGAUUUAAUCUCGAUAAUGAUUGAUGAGGAUGAAGAGGAAGAAGAUGAACCUGAUCAGGAAGCUUCAAAUGGGGAAAAUGAAGUUAACAGCCCUAACAGUGUCCAGCAGCCCCAAAUGGUUGAGAGUGAAACUGAAGAAGCUUCUGGUGUGAAGAGAUCCCUGUUGGACCAGUUUUCUUCUUCCAACAAGCUUAAGAAGGCCAAGGCUGUGACUGCUCAGGGAAAUGGUUCCUAAGUUCCUAAUAUUUGAUAUAUUUCAGCAGACAAUUGUCCACCAUUGUGUGGUUGUUUUAAUUUUUGGAUGUUUUUUUGGGGAACCAUCUAUCAGUAAUAGCACUAUAAUAGUGCUAAACUAUUUGAAUUGACUGUUACUCUUUAUCUAUUUUGAAUUUGUCUAAGUAUUCACUAUUAUAUUU